AUGACAGUACACGUGAAAAUUGUACAGCACAAUGUCAACAGACAAAGAAUAGCAAGCUUACAGCUUAGAGACUUCUGCAUCGAAAACUCGGCAGAUGUUGUGCUGGUACAAGAGCUAGUUACGUGCAGCAACAAUAUCAUCUAUGGCUUCGAGAACUUCCGACAGAUUAGGCGCGGCGACAAAGCCGGUGUGGCCAUUAUAAUAAUAAAUACCCAGAUACAGAUAAUCGAACUUACAACCAUGUCCAGUCAAUAUAUAACAGUGGUUAAGCUGAGUCGUGGCAGAGACUCUGAAGCGAUAACAGUGGUUUCGGCAUAUUUUAAAUACAACAUGCCGACCACCUACUUCAUUGAGAAGUUGCGAGCGGUCCUUACACAAGAACCUCGCAAGGUUAUCGGAGCCGACGUCAACGGCCACUCCGUUCUGUGGCACUGCCCAAAAAGUAACAAUAGAGGCCUUUUGGUGGAAGAAUUAAUAGAGGAUUUUGACCUCACAGUGGCAAACAGGCCGAGCAACAUUCCAACAUACGAUCGAGAAGGCAUGGGCUCAUCAAAUAUUAACUUGACAUUGCUCACGUCACAGACAAGGAACCUAAUCAGCGACUGGACAGUUCGCGACGUCACCGACAGUGACCAUAAUGUAGUAACGUUUAACAUUAAACUUCGCGGCAGCGUCGCACGCGUUUCUACAAACCAUCGGUUUAAUACAAGAAAGGCAGACUGGGAUGCCUUUACACUAAACCUACGGGCACUAAAAACUAUAAUAGAUAGUUCAAAGAUCGAUUUGUAUGCCAACACUAGCAUAAACGCAAUAAAGGAGGCUGCGAGGAAAGCUAUCCCGCUAUGCAGGCGUUCAGACCGCCAAAUUGGCAAACAACCUUGGUGGACUAAUGAGCUGACUCUCCUCCGAAAAGAGCUCGCCAGAAAGAGGCGCAUGGGAUUACACCGCACUAACAGACAGGAGUACUCUGCAGCUCGCAACAGUUACUUGCACAAUAUGAGUGUCAAAGGCGGCCGCAUGGCGCGAUUUCUCCGGCCAAAUAAAUAG